AUGAAUUAUACUAACGUCAGCCUUAUUGUUAAUGGGUGUCUUAAAUUAGACCGAUGCUUGCGGAAAGAACUCUGUGUUUCAUACAGUAGGUGGAAAACUAUAAAACCAUGGAGUGCAGGUAUCAGGUGCUUCCGCAGUUACCAGUACUCACGGCAAGGCUACUCAGAUGAUGUCAAUGUCAUAAUGUCACCAGAAGAAGUAACAAAUAUUCUGCGUAAAGUCGAGUUCACACAGGAUAUCUCGCAAGAUGCUGUAAAAUAUUAUGAGAACAACCAAUUGGAAGCCAAUAAUCCAAUAGAAGACACCAGAGUAGAAGCAAAAUGUAAAUUAACACAGGGAAUUUUGUUUGGUGUAUUUGAUGGACAUGGGGGUCCGGAAUGUGCUCAAGUAGUUGCUAAGCGUGCAAUGUCGUAUAUUGCUGCUAGUUUAUUGCCACCACACAUAGUGAAAUUGCUAAUGAAUGGAUCUUUGAACUUGUCGCAAAUAUUAGAAAUGUACAAUGUAAAGGGUGAGUUUGUUCCUGAAUUACAACAGCUAUAUCAUGAGAGCUUCCAAAAAUACUUGGCGGAACUAUCAGAAACGCAUAACAAAAAUUGUAGUAUCGCUGAUCGCAUAGAGAGUAGUCUGUUGCGUUUGGACUUCGAUAUGUCCCACGAAGCGUUAUCACCAUUUGAAGGAUUCGGUAGGUUUAAUGAGAGAACUUUAAGUGUCGCGUUGUCAGGGGCGGUUGCUUGUGUUGCCUAUGUCAAUGGCCCAAACCUGCACAUCGCAAAUAUAGGAGACUGUGCAGCUGUAUUAGGUCAAGUUACUGAAGAUGAUGAGUGGUGUUUCACAAAGAUUACCAAAGAUCAUAGCACUGCAAAUAUACAGGAAAUCAAAAGAAUAUGGGAUGAACAUCCUACCAUGGAGAGGAAUGCAAUUAUUAGAAGCAACCGGCUAUUAGGCAUAUUAGCACCAUUAAGGAGUCUCGGAGACUUCAGAUUAAAAUGGCCAGUCAAUGUUCUAAAAGCACUCUCUGAAGUCUACCAAAAUGUGAUGCCAUCCAAUUACCAUACACCACCAUAUUUGACGGCUAAACCUGAAAUGUUCACUCACCGACUGGCACCAAAGGAUAAAUUCCUCAUCAUUGGAUCUGAUGGUUUAUGGGACACCAUGUCACCGCUGAAAGCAGUCAAAUUAGUCGGUGAACACAUGAAGGGAAAGAUGGUGCUCAAUACACAAAUACCCGAAAAGGACAUGACCUUAGGUGAUAUAAAUGAUCUUUUGAUAAAUAGGAAGAAGACUUUGCGGAAUAAACCAAAAGAUAGCAAUUCUGCCACGCAUCUCAUAAGACACGCAGUUGGGGGUAUAGAAGACCACAUAAGUGUGGCGCGACAGCUUAGUUUGCCACUAGGUUCGUGUAGCAGGGAAGUUCGUGAUGAUAUAACCGUAACGGUCAUCUUUUUUGAUUCAGAAUAUUUAAGACAAUGUCCUGCCUAA